AAAUUAUAGCUUGAUACUGACACUGGGAUAGUUUGUUGAAUGUAUAAAGUGCAGACGACCAACAUUCACUGAAUGAAUGGCAGCCGUUGCAUCGGAAUAUGUUUCCAUCGAAUCGACGUAUGUAUAUUUUGGGACUUUGAAACUUCGAGUAGUAAAACCUACUGUUGUGCACAUAAAUCAUAUCGUAAUCAAUGUAUACGAUGUGAAUAACGCGCAGAGGCUUUCCAUACAGAUUGCCUCCAAACAUAUCUGUAAAGCCUUGCUUUGUCACAGUGGUCAACAUAAAGCAAUAGCUUUUUUGGUCAACCGAUUUUGUGCUGGCAAAAUUCGAGAAACGCUGCACAUCGCAUCAGUACCAGAAGCAACUAUCGGCAAGAGUGCUCCGUAUUUCGAUUCAGAAAGUGCACGCGUUUGCCAGAGGUAUAUAUUGGUUGAUAUAACAAGAUGUACUAAGAACGAUAUGGAUUUAUUAAAACAGGUUUUACGCUUGGUGGAGGAAACCAAAUUACUUUUCAAAGCUCAAAAUAUCGGGCAAAGGGUAGUUAUAAAUGCACCAACAGGAAACUUUUUCGGAGAUAUGGAUGAAAAUGAUUUCGUAACUUUGAUGCGAGAUAUUGGAUUGAGUGUGAGACAGGUGUCGGGAACUUUACCGAAUCUGGAAUCACGCCUAAUUGACAAUAAUGCAUCUAAUGCCGCUUCUACGGAUAUCUCUUCACAACCGUCACAGAUAUUUCUUCAUAGCCAGCCGCACGUAUAUAUCAGCAAUCGAUGCUCGUUAUCAGCUGUCCACUCACAGGAAAUUACCAAACCAUCAGACGUUCAGCAGCUCAGCGGCAUCGCAUACCAUCAGUCUAAUCCAGCGUGUGUAGUGCAGCAUCGUCCAAUCACUGUUAACAUUGUACGUGUAGCACAGCCUCGAUACGUUUCAUCAUCAGGUUCCUCUCCUGGUAUCCAUGUAUCUCAUAGACGUAGCUCUGUCAUAGCUCAGCCAAUCACCUCGCCGCGGAAUACACGUACUGUCGUCCGACCGCCAACCAAGAAGGUCUCGGUUUUGAUGCACACGGGUGCACAAUCACGAAUCAUCAAACAGCAGUUGAAUGUUUCUGAAUUGUCCUUGAGUGCUACAUCCAACGAACCGUCAACGUCACGCUGUGGGAUGCCAUCAGAAGCGAAAAUGUCCAAUCAAAGCUGUAAACGAAUAGUGCAUGUAAUUGAUGAUGACGACGACGAAGGUGGUCCCUUGAAACUUACAAAAGGACCAAAUUUGGAUUUGUUAUUAAAUUAUCCUCGUGAUCAGCCAGUCAUAUCAAUUCACUAUGCUGAUGUGGAAUAUUUAAGACCAAACGAAAUGUUAAAUGAUACAGUCAUAGAAUUUUAUUUGAAAUACAUACAUAUGGAAUUAGUGUCAUCGGAAAGGCGUCCAUCCAUCUUUAUAUUCAACUCCUUUUUUUAUUCUCGGUUAACACAAAUGCCACCUGCUGGUUCCGGUGUGAUUCGUACCAUUUCUUCCCGCGCAAAAUGGAUCGCCGAAAACUAUAAGGGAGUGCGAACGUGGACAAAAAAUGUGGACAUUUUUAAUGCUGAUUAUAUUGUUGUUCCCAUUGUUGAAGAUAUCCAUUGGUACUUAGCUAUAAUCACCUUUCCUCGAUACUCUAUUGUAAAUCGUGUGCCAGAAACAACAAAUCACAAGGAGAAUAGUGUCAUACCGAAAAGCUUAAGGAAAACAUGUAUUAUUUUACUGGAUUCAUUGGCGGAUGCUGCGGAUAUGAAGAGAAAAUUAACGGUCCCUGUUCUGAGAGAAUAUCUUGUUUGUGAGUAUGAAGAUAAAAGAAAAUUGAAGGAUGGAAACACAAAGUACUUUGCUAAAGAAUUAAUUGAAAAGAUUGUUCCGUUUCCUGUUCCUCAGCAAAGAAACUAUACAGAUUGCGGAUUAUUCCUUUUGAAAUUUGCCGAAUGUUUCUUGCUGAAACCACCGUCGUUUAUAACUCGGAAUGAUUCAUUUCGACGAUGGUAUCCAAAUUUUACAAUUAGAGGCAUGAGGAGGACUAUUCUUACGAAGCUAAAAUCAGCAUGCGAUGACGAAGCAUGGCGGGCAUAUGAAGAAUACUCUAGAAAUCGCGAUAUAAACAGUCAAUCGGUUGAAGAUAUCCUUUCGAAGCAAUCAGCCUGUAGUCGUUCACCAUCACCAGUCCCGCGCCGACGAACACUGAGUACUGGAGAUUGUGAUGUUGGUUGGAGUGGACAUUUUAGACGCAGACGUUCACUUCCUGCUCGCCUUUCUUGUUGAUUCUUAUUUGCCUUUUCUUUCCAAAUUUUAAUUUAUUUGAACAUGAAACAGCAGUGCGAAAAAUUAUUGCUGCUUUUAUAAACGAAUCUACAGGUUUCUCUGGUGCACUAUUUAGCGAUUAUUUACUCUUUAUUCAAAAAUUCAGGUUUCAAUUUCAAACGG